CCCUAUUUCGCCAACCCUGGAUUGCAACCAUGUUCUUCAAAGUGGUAUAUUCAAACAGGAGAUUGGUCACUAUUCUUCCAAUUGCUUUGGUUCGCUAAUGAAAUUAAGACGAUGUUGCCCACUUCAGCAAAGCAGUCGAAAAUAGAUACUUCGGCGGGGAUGGCUGCUACACCAAGUACCAGCAACUCGACUGUGGCAACGGCCAAACCAUCUUCUAACCCGCACAGCGUCCUGGUGCACAGCAAACAACGGGGUAAUCCCAUUCUUAAGUCCAUCCAAAAUGUGCCCCUGGAAUACCGGGACGAUAUUGUGCCAGACUACGUGGUGGGCAGGACCUCCUGCGUUCUGUAUCUGUCGCUGAAGUACCACAAUCUCAACCCGGAUUACAUUUGCCAGCGACUGAAGACUCUUGGCAAGAUGUACGACUUGCGAGUGCUUCUUGUCCAAGUGGAUACGCCGGAACCACACAAUGCCCUCAAAAGUUUAACAAGAAUUUCCCUGCUAGCCGACCUCACUAUGAUGCUGGCCUGGAAUCAUGAAGAAGCUGGCAAAAUUAUUGAGACCUAUAAGCAGUUUGAGAAGCGCCCACCCGACUUGAUAAUGGAACGGGUAGAGUCUAAUCCGCAUCAAAAGCUGGUUACUGCUCUAACCAACAUUAAGCCGGUGAACAAAACAGACGCUGUUACUCUACUGCAGACCUUUGGCAAUCUGGGCAAUAUCAUCACCGCCAGCGAGGAACGACUAUCCCAGGUGAUAGGCUUGGGACCCCGCAAGGCCAAAAAGUUACAUAAAACCCUCCAAGAACCAUUUCUUAGCAAGUAGCUUUCCAUCUGGUGUUAUAAACACAUCCAUUCUCUCGGGGGAAUACUUUAAUUUCUCGUUAGGACAUUUUGUACAAAAAACCAAGUUCCGUUAUUGUUAAGUCACUUAAAUAUACCACACAUUAGUCUA